AUGCUGCUGCUGCUACCUCCUCACUGAAAUCAAGUCGGGAGUGUUUUCGCUCUCGGGCAAAGGUGAAAAAACCAGCAGCAGCAGCAGCAGAUUACAUAUCGGGUUGCGUAUUACAAGGUGGAGAAAGCAGGAAUCGGUCUCGGCGGAACGGCCAAUAUGUUGAACGUCGCGACGGUGCUGGUGUUGUCCGCGGGGUCGGUUCCGAAAAUGUGCUAAAGUGUCCUCUGGAAGUGGCGUGACCGCGCGCGCGUCUCCGACCAACGGGAGUGUCUCCGCCCUCGGGGACAGAUUGGCCAGAUUUUGCAGGAAGGGGGCCGAUUCCUGUCCGGUGUUUGCCGGGGUGCGGCCAGUGUUUAGAGUGUUCAAAUUUCGGUGGUGUCAGGAGCAGGUCCAGGAAUGGCCGGAGACUUUUCCGGGUGCACCGCCCGCAAGAAGAACCGGGCCCAAUCCGUCGAGUACAACCCGGCCAAGAUCGAUACGGCCAACGGGGAGGCGUCCAAGCAACCUGUGAAUCCACUGACCACCCGGAGUGGCCUCCGGGUGUACAAGAUUGUGAUUCUGGGCGACGGGGGCGUCGGCAAAUCAGCCGUCACGCUCCAGUUCGUGAGCCACAGCUUUCUGGACUAUCACGAUCCGACGAUUGAGGACUCGUACCAGCAACAGGCCGUAAUCGAUGGUGAGGCCGCCCUGCUGGACAUCCUGGACACGGCCGGUCAGGUCGAGUUCACAGCUAUGCGCGACCAGUACAUGCGCUGCGGAGAGGGCUUCAUCAUUUGCUACUCCGUCACGGAUCGGCACUCGUUCCAGGAGGCGUCCGAGUACCGGAAGCUGAUUGCCCGCGUCCGGUUGACCGAGGACAUCCCGCUGGUGCUGGUCGCCAACAAGCUGGAUUUGCAGUCGCAACGAAAGGUUUCAACCGAGGAAGGCAAAACCCUGGCGAAGCAGUUCGGGUGUCCGUUUUACGAAACGUCGGCAGCCCUGCGGCACUACAUCGACGAGGCGUUCUUCUCGCUGGUGCGCGAAAUCCGCCGGAAGGAGGAACAGAGGACCCUCAACAACGGUUCCAGCUCCGAGAAGAUCCACUCGCGACGCCGCAGUCGCUGGUGGCGACUCCGGUCAAUCUUUGCCCUGGUGUUCCGGCGGCGCCGAAACCUAAACGGCAAUAACAGUAUCUAAGGCGGGCACUAGGAUGUUCAUCAAAAUUAUCUUUAAAAAUAAGUAAAAAAAGAAAACAAAAAUCAACCUAGUGCAGUGAGAAAGAAUAAACCAAAAAAAUAACGAGAAAAUCAAGAUUUCAUCCGGCACUCUUUGGCUUAACAGAAACAGGGGGAGAGUGCAAGAAUUACGAAACGACAACCACAGGAAUUGAACUUAUUUUGGUUGCGAGAUCGAAUUGAGCUUUCCAAUAGGAGGAGAAUCGACCGUACUACUCAACCCAGUCAGUGGAUUGUUAAAUAGUUGGCUAAGACUAAGUUACGCAAAAAGUUGUAUUAAUUAAUUGCGCAAGAAAGAAACAUGCAAAAUCAAGUCAAAACAUCGAGAUAUCCCGAUUUGUUCCUCUGUUCAGACGUUAAGAAUUGCUUAAUUGUGUACCGUGAAAUUCAUAGGCUUAAGCUAAACCAAAAUCAACCAAAUGACCAGCAUUUAGCGUUUAAUGCAAAUUGAUGUAGUUCUCCCGCUGUUAUGGAGCCGUGCGUGUACCAAGAAAAGUUUAGCCACAUAAGCGCCCCCACCAUAUUUGAGGACCUUUUUUGAGUGCUCGAUUAAAACGAAAAAAAAAAGUUGGGUUUCACGGCAGAGAGGUUCGCACAAAGAAGCUUGUUAACUGUUGAAUGAGAAAAAGUGAUGGAAACCAAAACAUAAAAAGUAACAACUAGAAGAAUGGUAUUUAUAUUGUGUCGAUUGUUAAGUUGUUUAUUUAAAGGAACCAGUAUUCGCAUGCAUUUUAAAAACGCAUACAAAAAAUAGUUGUUCAUGUUCUCAGAAACAAUAAGCAUUUAUAAAAUGGACUAUCUGUGAUUUCACCCGCACCCGUUACUAAAACCUGUAUUUUUUUCUGCUUAGGUUAACUUCUACUCUAGCUUUAAAUUUAUUUCUUCCACAAAAAAAAAUCAACACAAAACUAGCGUACGUAAAUAGUGUUCCAAUGCAACAGAUAAAUAAAACCUAAAAUGACAAAGUCCCGUAGUGACACUAGCAGUAUUUAAAUUUCAAUAAAAAAAAUAGUAAAAUAGAAGACAAACUGAAACCACACUGUCAAGCAAAAGUAUUAAAACAGGGUUCAAAAGUCACACACGAUACGGUCAAAAUCGAACGAAACCAAAAUACCCCAAACUCAAAUCUGCUCAGAUCGAAAACGAAAGUCACAGAUAUAAAAUGUAGAAAAUUUGCACCUUGGCUGUAAAAUCUAUCGCUUACACUACUGCGAGCUUCAGAACCAUCAUUUAGAAGAUUUCCUACUUUGACUAAAAUCGUCAUAAUGGUGGAUGCUGGAAAAGUUUUUUUAUGUUAAGCCUCACACAAAAAGUUUAUGUAACAAGUUCUGUUUUUGUUCAAAUGAGUGCAGCGCAAAGCCACUCAUACAGUCAUUUGACUAUCAUCACCUCUCUCCCAUGACUGCAUUCGAAUGAUUGCUGUCACCACGCUUCACCGCGCAAGCAAGAAAGAGAGAAAAGGGAGGAAAAAAAAGAAAAAGAGCAUGCGUCUUUGAGUUGCGUGGCUGCUUGAGUGUCGAAUUCGUUCGUUUCAACUUCGCGUGCGUUCACUGACGGUCGGUCCCUUUGUGUGUCAGUCGGUUGUCGUGCUAUCUUGUCACAUGUGCAUUUUGGGUCUAACUGAGUAAAGGCUCUGAAGGAUACCAUUCUCGGUCGGCCAUUUGGCGGCAAUGUGUGAUUUAGAAAAUUGUUUGUAUCUUGAUUCAAAAAGCAUCAAUCAAAAAAGGAUCAUUGCUCCAAGAGUGAAUAACACCAUCUACGACCUUAAGAAAGCCAAUGUCUCACCUUUUGACCUUCACAGAUCCGAUUCCAGGGUGGCCACUCAUGUUGAGAAAGUCGGGAAUUUGCCAUAAUCCUCAAAAAAUUGAAAAAAGUCGGGAAUCUCAAACAUACUUGUUUGAAAAUUAUUUUUUAACUUUUGAAUAAUUUUGUAAUAUUUUGUUCAAUUAUCAAAUUAACUUGACUCAAUUUGUCAUUAGCAUCUGGGUGAUGAAUAAAGAGAAUGCGUAACGUGAUUUUUGAAUGAUCCCACUUUGUUUACAUCUGCAAAAGUAGGAGGCUGUUCAAGCACAAGCAUGACUUUUUUCUUACUGGUAAAUGAGCUGUUUUAUAAUCAAUAGUUUUUGUUUUUUUUUCUCGACUCCAUAAACAACAUCCAUUCACAAUUAUAAAAAAAUGACGAUCUCGCUUUCAACAUUCCUAAGAUAUCUUGACUUCAACUCCAGGUUCACACAUUUUUCAUUUUUGCAAAAAAAAAAUUAAUGAUCGAUAACAAUACUCUCCACUUUUGGUGAACAGUAAAUUGGUUCCACUUUGAAAGUUCAAAAUCUAGGCCGUUUUGCGAACUACUAUUCAGCACCCAGAUUAGCACUAACUUAAAAUUUAUGUUUCUUUUCACUAUUUUUAUCUUCUUUAGAAUGAAAAGGCUAUUUAAGACAUUACAAAUUGUAAUAAAUAUUGGAUGGUUAUGAUGGCAUGCAUUUAAAACAGAUUAUCAUAAUAUAUUUUAUGAAUCAAAUUAUUUUAUUUUAUUUUUACCAACUUUAUCAAAAAACAACAAUGCUAACGAUAAACCAAAAAGAUAAUAUAGUUUAAUUUCAACAAUUAUGACCACCGUAAAAUUUUGAUUCCGCCUCUUCUUUUUCAAAUUGCAUGAAGAUAUGAAAGAACACUUUUGUUUAGCAAUAGAUUUUUUUGUUGUUGCUUUGUAAUUUAUUUUUUUUUCUAAAUAUUUGAUUGCAAAUUUUGUACGACCCAAUCUCACUUGCAGAACCUAAUGACAUUCUUGAUGACGGACAUUUAAAUACUCGAUAAAUAACCAUUGAUUCAAUAAAAUUAAAUAUCAAAAUUUACUUAACUUAAAAGGAAAUUUGGUAUUUUUUUGAACUGAACAUGUAUAUUUGUUUAAGCUAAUGGAAACUAAUUAUUUUAAAAGCAUUUUUUGAUAUAAACAAAAUUUGAAAUAAAAAUGGAAAUUCAGAUAUUAUAUAAUCUUUAGCACCCAUUUCCAGUUAUAACCGAGUUACAAUAAGUUCUUCCAUUUUUUAAGUAAUAUUUGUUUGUGAUUUUUGAACCUGUUUUGAAAUUUUCUUCAAUAGUUGAUAAUGACUUUUUUGGCGUUAUUUUUUUUGCAAGAAAUCUCUAUUAUUUCAGCUUUUCGAAAAGUCGAGAAUUUGAAAAUGGGAUUUAAGUGGUUACCCUGGGAUCAGAAACCCAAAAUUCGAUUUCAACCCUGAGGUAUUCAAUAA